CAACUUUACAUUGCAUUGCAGUAGAUUAUGUUAUUUCAUUUCACAUUUCAUUUACGGAUUUUGCUCUAAGGUAUCUUCUUUGGUAGCAAAUUAGUAUUGUUUAUUGAAGUAAGAAGUACAUAAAAUAAUAAAAUGGAAGUUAAACAAGAAUUUAGUGAGGAGACCUGUAAAGUAAAAAUAGAGUAUAAUGACUUAGAUGAUGGUUUUAUAGACGGCUUUAAAUGUGAAAUUAAGGAGGAAUCCAAUGGGCAAUGUACACUUGACACACAUUAUUUUGAUUUAGAGGAAUAUAAUACAAAUACUGAAAUAAACCAAGGUAGAGAUGGACUUAACCCAUUUGAAGAAAACCAAAAAACUGAAAAAAGUGUUACUCGUGAGGAGAAGAAAAUUAAGAUUAUGGAAUUAUCUUGUGAACAUGCAUCCCAUAAAGGACAUCAUGCCGAUGAAAAAACUAUAAAUAACAGUAUAAAAGCUCAAACUCAACCUUACAAGUGUGAAAUUUGUUUUAAGCAGUUUAACCAAACAAAUUUUAAAAAACAUUUGAGAGUGCAUACUGGAGAAAAACCUUAUAAGUGUGAAACUUGUUUUAAACAGUUUAGGGCAGCAGGUAAUUUAAAAAAACAUAUGAUAGUGCACACUAGAGAAAAACCUUAUAAGUGUGAAACUUGUUUUAAACAGUUUAGGGCAGCAGGUGAUUUAAAAAAACAUGUGAUGGUGCACACUGGGGAAAAACCUUAUAAGUGUGAAAUUUGUUUGAAGCAGUUUGCAAGAACAGGCCAUUUGAAAGAACAUUUGAUAGUUCACACUGGAGAAAAACAUUACAAGUGUGAAAUUUGUUUUAAGCAGUUUGGAGAAGCAAGUAAAUUGCAAAGACAUUUGAGAGUGCACACUGGAGAAAAACCGUAUAACUGUGAAAUUUGUUUUAAGCAGUUUAGAGAUGCAGGUACUUUGAAAAAACAUUUGAGAAUCCACACUGGAGAAAAACCUUACAAGUGUGAAAUUUGUUUUAAGCAGUUUAGAGAAGCAGGUACUUUGAAAAAACAUUUGAGAGUCCACACUGGAGAAAAACCUUAUAAGUGCGAAAUUUGUUUUAAGCAGUUUAACCAAAGAAGUCAUUUGAGAAGACAUUUGUUAGUGCACGCUGAAAACAAUACUCAAGUGUGA